AUGUCAGCGAAAACAUCAAAAGUACUAUCGUGGUAUCAGUCAACGGCGGAUAAACGGAUACUACGUAGGCAUAAGAUUGGACCGCCCGAUGUGCAUCCACAAGAGCCACGACAAGAAGAAGACAACCUUAGCAAUGAGAGAUUGCGGAAAGGCUAUCAGGUGGGAGCGACGCCAUUUGAGCACGAAUCGUUGGUGUUCAACAGUCGUUCAGCAAAGCUUGACCGCCUUGAUGAAGCCCACGCCAAAUCGACCGCCUUGCUCAAUUUCGUCCUCCACCGAAAAGGUGAAAUCAACGCUAAUCUUGACAAAGAACGAAGAAAGAACAGGGAGACAGCAGGAGCGCAAUUUGCGUCUGCAAAGGCCAAGGAGCGUGCCGUGUGGUUUACGGACCUCGCUCGAGGGAAGGCACUUUCUCAGUUAGCGAAGAAGGUCCCGACCAUCAAACGCCGCGAAGAUGGUCUCGAGUAUCUGUGCGAUUACAGGAUACCGCCUUUUCGAGCGUUGUGGUAUCUAAAAGUU